UUAUUUUUAGUACAGAUAUUAUUUUUAGUACAUAAUAAAUUAAUCAAAGUACAGCGAAUCCCUUCUUUACUUCCACACAAAAUUAUUCUCAAAAAAUUCUCAAAACUCUGUUGAAAACUGCUUCCACUUUCGGCUAACUCAGAUUCGAUUAUUUAUCGCGUUAAGUUGUUUAUGUGUAUUGUUGUGAAGCCAUGAUAAAGGAAAAUGAUGGUUCUGUCCCCGUUACACACACGGGACGAGCCCGGCGCCGUAGAGGUUCAAAUGAGGUUCCAGCUGAUGUGGACCAAUCAAAUGGAACAAAGUUGUUGGCAAAUGAUCAAAAUAAGUAUAAAUCAAUGUUGGUGCGUGCAUAUUCAACUAUCUGGAUGAUCGGUGGUUUUAUAUUUGUCGUCUACAUGGGGCAUCUUUAUAUAUGGGCCAUGAUCGUCAUAAUACAAAUCUUCAUGGCGAAAGAGCUUUUUAAUCUGUUAAGAAAAGCACAUGAAGACAAACAGCUCCCUGGUUUCAGGCUAUUAAAUUGGCAUAUCUUCUUCACGGCGAUGCUGUUUGUAUAUGGUCGGAUUCUUAGUCAACGGCUAGUCAACACGGUUACAACAGACAAGUUUUGGUAUAAACUUGUAGGAAACCUAAUCAAAUAUCAUAUGGUUACCUGUUAUUUCUUGUAUAUAACAGGCUUCGUAUGGUUCAUUCUCUCUUUGAAAAAGAAGUUGUACAAGUAUCAGUUCGGCCAGUAUGCGUGGACACAUAUGAUCCUUAUUGUGGUUUUCACUCAGUCUUCCUUCACAGUUGCCAACAUUUUCGAAGGAAUAUUCUGGUUCCUUCUUCCAGCAUCAUUGAUAGUCAUCAACGAUAUUGCUGCCUACAUCUUCGGUUUUUUCUUCGGAAAAACUCCGUUAAUUAAGUUAUCCCCUAAAAAGACCUGGGAGGGAUUCAUUGGAGCAUCAGUUACAACCAUCAUAUCCGCCUUUGUGCUUGCUAAUUUUUUUGGUCGCUUUCAAUGGUUGACUUGCCCUAGAAAGGACCUGUCAACUGGUUGGCUUCAGUGUGACCCUGAUCCUCUAUUCAAGCCGGAAAUCUUUGGUUUACCUGGGUGGCUUCCUGAAUGGUUUCCAUGGACAGAGAUUCAAAUUCUGCCAGUGCAAUGGCAUGCAUUGGGUCUUGGACUUUUUGCUUCAAUCAUUGCACCUUUCGGUGGCUUCUUUGCCAGUGGUUUCAAACGAGCCUUCAACAUCAAGGAUUUCGGGGAUAGUAUUCCUGGACAUGGAGGGAUGACAGACAGAAUGGAUUGCCAGAUGGUGAUGGCCGUGUUUGCAUACAUCUAUCACCAGUCGUUCAUUGUAGCUCAAAGCGUGUCUCUUGGGAUGAUUUUAGAUCAGAUUGUGAUGAAUCUAUCAUAUGAAGAACAAAGAGAACUGUACUCGAAACUUGGACAGAUCCUCAAGGAUCGAGAGUUCGGGGAAUCAUGAAUCAGAUCAUCACAGAUUGACAGUGUGGCGAAUCAUGAAUCAGAUCAUCAUGGAUCGACAGUGUGGCGAAUCAUGAAUAGUGUGUAUUUGUAUUCUUAGUCCGGACUAUUGAAACUUGAAUUUUUCUUAGAUUUGUUAGACAUGUACUUGUUGUACAGUGGUUGACUCUUUUGACUUUAUUUUCUUUGGUUAGGAUUAUUAUGCUUGUUGUAAUCUACACAUAUUUGAUCAUCAUAAGUGCAAACAGUUGAUUAACAUUA